AGGCCGGUAUUUUAAUCGGGAGCGGGUACGUGCGCGUACACGUCUARUCGUUGUGUGGCGGCGUAGAGAAGCGCAAAUAGAGUAACCAUGGCUGACGAGAAACCCAAGGAGGGAGUGAAAACAGAAAACAACGACCACAUAAACCUGAAGGUGGCGGGACAGGACGGCUCGGUGGUGCAGUUCAAGAUCAAGAGACACACGCCGCUCAGCAAACUCAUGAAGGCGUACUGCGAGAGACAGUUGGAAAUGGAGGAUGGAACGAUUGACGUUUUCCAGCAACAGACAGGAGGCCUCUACUAGCAUGUCAAGUACUCCCCAUCUUCCUCCACCCCCAGACGGUGCUUUGCAGCUUGUCCCAUUUCCCACCACAGAACCAAUACCAUGCGGAAG